GUGAGUGAGAGUGAGUGAACUAAUGCUCAUAUAACUUCUUGUAGCCAUAUAAAAUAAGAAGAACUGUGUUGGCGGUCCUGUGAGCGCGGUCUAAACAAAUACCAAAAAUAUGUGUAUGAAAGAAGCUCUUUUAAAAAUAUUGUCCACGUUGACGUCCAGCGAUAAUGAUUGUUCCGAGAGUUUCGAUGAUAAGCUGACACAAAAACUAUGUGAAAUAGAAUCAUUAAUCACAGAUGAGAUGGACAUACAAGUAGAAAAUCAAACCAUCCGUGGAAAGUAUUUACAAACAUUAGUUUCUAUAUUAAAUAACAUUACAAAAGUAAAUAUAACAGAUGACGAUGCAACCUUUAGUGUGAAACAGAUCCAAUCUAUGAAAAUUGCAGUAGGACUAAUAGUGUCCAUAGGAAUUAUACCCUGUUUAGAAAAAGGUGUAGGUAUAGAUAUGGCAAAAUUAUGUCCCAGAGCUACAAAAAUUCCACAAGAAAACCUCACUUGCAUGCAGAGAUACGAACGAAUAAGAUUUACAACCAUUGCUCUCACAGAUCUAUUUCAUGAUAAUAUCUUACGACCAACUAUACUUUUAUAUCUCAGUGCGAUAUUGGCAGCUUUGUUACAAUUAUCUCAUGCUCCAUUGAUUAAACCCAAUAAAGAGAGUGGGGAAACAUCAAAUGCCAAAGACUGUGAUCAAGCGCAAUUUCGUAUGACAGUGAAACGAUAUCAAGAUUUGCUGGGUCAACAAAAAGAAUUUUAUGUUAGAUUAAUUUCACUAUUAAGUAGUUGUCCGCAGUACAAGUGUUUCCAAGAAUUAAUGGUAAUUCAUGGACAACAAAAAACACCAAAAUGGUUACGCACAUGCACUCGGAACAUUUUAGUUAGCAAGAUUACACAACCAGGUGGAGUAUUAUCAUUAAUUAUUGCGAUUUGCGGCAAUGAGUUGGAUAUAGGCACGAACUGGCGUAUGUUGGACUUGAUUUCCAAGUUAUUAGCAACAUCCCAUGGAAAAGAUGCGGACGAGUAUUACAGACUUGUAUGUCCACAGAUUUUAGAUCUACUCUUUUCGGAUAAAAUCAACCAUGGCUCAACGAUAGUGAACUGUUGUAUUGCCACUCUGUAUGAUUGCAACUCAUCCUUCUGUCAUAAGUACAUCAUAGAAACCGUGUGUGCACCUUUGAUAACGACAGAACCGUUCGUUUCAAGGUCCGAAAAGGAGACUGAGCGAUGUAUCACGACAUUGGCGAAAUGUUUUCUAGUCGAAGAUGCAAAGUUUAAGCAUCUACCUAGUAAACUCAUCUUGCACGUUGCUACGCCUUUAUUUUGUUUAUACAACAAAACUCGUCAAAGCCCGUGCAUAUUGAAAAAGCCUUUGCAACAGUUGUUGCUGAAAAUCCUUGAGGAUGAGACAAAGCGAGAAAAGCUGUUUUCUGCUUUUCUGGGGCAUCACACAUCGGCAGAAUUCGGAGAUUAUUUGCUGCCGGAAUUCGGACCAAACUGUGGUAUCAAGAUCAUUGGCUUGAGCGAAGAUCUAAGAUACAUGGAAUUAGCUGAUACAAUUUACGAUCUAGUGUGUAUCGCUAAGAAUUUAUCGCCUAGUAUGUUCACUUAUAUAUUGAGCUUUCUGUCAAAUAUAAAUCAAGUGAAUGAAACUAGACAACGAGCAAGGUUAAACACAGAAGACGAUCAGGUAAGACACCUAGAGAUGCAAAUAGCGACUUGUGCACUUCUCCAACGGUUAGCCGAUAUGAAUACUGUUCGUGAAGCACAAGCGAAAGAACCACAGUCGUUGCUGUCGUUCAUAAAAUUCUUGUUCACCAAAUAUAUUAACACGAAGAAACGACAAGAUGAAAUGGAAGAGAAUGAGUGUGAGCUACUGUGUCUCAGCUUAAUGCUGAUAAAAACGUUGGUUGAAGAAAAAGUUGAGCUUCGCGUUAAUGCGUUUAAAAACUUUAGCAAAUUCUUAAAGCAACAUGUUAAAUCAAGUCUGCCUACGCAGCUUGAAUCAUUGGUAAACGAAGUGGUGAAAUGCAUUGAGACUUAUGGAAGGUCUAAGAGGAAAUAUCACAAAGAUUUAUCGGUGAAUACGUCGGCGUCGAACAAGUUCGACAAAGCCAUAAAAGAUCUCGCGGAUUCAUUGAUUCCUGUUCAGGCAAAUGGUCUCAUAACACUUAGGAAACUGAUUGAGGAUCAGGAUCCCUUCACUAUCGCGCAUAGAAGAAUCGUUUUAGAUCUGUUGCAGACAAAUUUAAAGCACGAAGAUUCGUACAUAUACCUGGCGUCCAUCAAUGGGCUGUGUGCUUUAGCAACUGCAUACCCGCAGGAAGUUAUAAAAAUAUUAAUACCUGAAUAUAUCGACAUGCCUAAUCGCAUUACAGGUACAGAAAUAACUAAUGAAACCAGGAUUAAGCUCGGCGAAAUAUUGGUCAAGACAACGAGAGCUUUAGGUGAAAUGGGCGUGGUUCAUAAGAAUAUGCUAGUCAAUGGCUUCUUGUGCGCCGUCCGCGACAAUGAAUCCUUGGUACGAGCCUCCGCUCUUUCUUGUUUAGGAGAGCUUUGCAAGGUACUGAAUUUUCGAUUAGGAAACUUGCUUAACGAGAUUGUCUACUGCAUCGCGAUGAUAGUUAAAUCCGAUAAAGCUCCCGAAUGCCGGCGCGCCGCCGUAUUGGUCGCUACGCUUUUAUGUCGCGGACUUGACAAGGACACGCUCAACAGUCUCGAUCACAAUCUGGUUAACUUGUAUCGUAGUUUGAAACACCUGCGCGAUGAAGACAACGAUCCAGUGUUACAACUCCACGCUCAGUUAGCCUUAGAAGAAAUUGAUUUGAUUGUACAAGAUGUGCUAGCCAAACCGUGCAAACUUGAGAAACAAAUAUUCAUAUUAGAUCGACCAUUGUGAUAUGAUAGAAUAUUCGGACAUUUGUUUGCUGUACAGUAUUUUUGAUUACUAUAUAAUGAUAUCUACAUUAUAUAUAUACACACACACAACUUUCACCUCUUGCUCCGUCACCUUGUCAGAAUUAGCUUUGGGAAUGUUAUCUUCGUCGCCAUAUAAAAGUAAUGUAUAUAUACUGGAUUAACCACUUAAAUAUUUCCAAGAUUAAUUAAUAGACAAUAAGGUAAACAAUUGAUAAAAAUUGAUAUGCCUAUA